UCCUCUUUCUCUGUGAGAUUUUCUGCAGUACAAUAACACCGUGAAAACCUUUGACUGCCAAGAUGCCUUCACCUAAAUUUCAUAUGAAGCACCAUUCAGAAGAUGUUCUUGUGUCCUCUGACGGACGCGAAAUGACCAGACUACUUCCCUCUGCUACCAGCCGGAAACCAACCAAACCUGCCGCCGCCGCUGCCUCUCAAACUCAGCCUGCAGCAAAAUCGCAACGAGAUCUUGAAGAAACUGUGAAGAAAUUUACUGAUGCAGUUUCUGAGGAAGGACGAGUGAUACAUGAGAUUUGGGCGUUGGUGUUCAACAUCCUUCAUCUCCUGCAGAGUAUUGGAGCGGAGAGAGUUAGAUGGACACCACCUAUUUGGGGAUCAUGCUCGUACACACUAGGAGUGAUGAUGAUAGUUGUUCUCUGCUAUUGUGGGCAAAACCUUAGUGAUGAAAUGAUGCAAGGUCUUGUUGGCUGUAUUCUUGACUUCAAGACAGUUGAUGUCAAUGAAGAAGAUAAGACCUACUACAACUGGACUCUCUUACACCAUUGUGUAGUGUCAGGCAAUGCACGUUUAGCAAAACUGCUCAUCGAACACGGCGCUUGCCUCAACGCACAGUCCAGCUUGGUAAGAAAUCGUGUUACUCUAGAGUCUGGUUGUCUCAACUGA